AUGUUUCUAUUUUUUUCUGCCAUUUUCUUCUUUCCUGUUCUUUCUUUUUCUUCUUUUUCCUUUCUUCUCCUUUUUCUUCUUUUUUCUUUCGUCGUAUUCUUCUUUCUUAUCUUUCUUUUUUCUUCUUCUUUCUCAUUUCUUCUUAUUUUUUUCUUUCUCCAUCUUUUUCUUUCGUCUUUUUUCUACAUUUUCUUUCUUUUGUCUUCUAUUUCUUUCUUCGUAUUCAUCUACUUUUUCAUCUUCUUCUUCCUUCUUUUUUCUCCUUUCUUCUUCGUCUUUUUCUUCAACUUGCUUCUUUUUCUAUUUUUAACUUCUUUUUUUCUUUCUUCGUCUUUUUCUUUCUUUUUCUUAUUCACCUUCUUUCUUCUUCUUACACCUCUUUCUAUUUCUUUUCCUUUCUUUACUUUAUUCAUUUUUCUGCUUCUUGUUUUUCAUGUUUUUCUUUCCUCAUUUUCUUCCUUCUACUUCAUCUUCUCUUCCUUUCUUUUUCUUUCUACCGCUUCUUCAUCUUCUUCUUUCUCCUUUAUCUUUCUUUUCUUUUUCAUCUUCUUUCUUCGGCCUCUUUCUUUUACUUCUUUCUUCAUUUUUUCAGACUUCAUUUUUUCCUUCUUCAUCUUCUUUUAUCUUUCUUCACCUUCAUCUUUCUUCUUCUUUCUUAUGCUUCUUCAUCAUCUUUUUCUUUCCUGUUUCUUAUUUCUUCUGCUUCUUCAUCUUCUUUCUUAUUUUCCUCCUCCUUUUCUUUCUUCUUUUUUCUUUCUUCUUUUUUCUUUCUUCUUCAUUCUCCAUAAUCGUUCUUUUGUUUACUUUCGGCUUUCUUUCCUCAUAUUCCUCAUUCUUCUUUCUUUCUUUCUUUUUCUUUCUUCGUUUUCUUCUCUCUUCUUGUUCUUCUCUUUCCUUCUUAUGCUUCUUCCUCAUCUUUUUCAUUCCUGUUUCUUAUUUCGUCUCCUUCUUCAUUUUCCUCCUUCUUUUCUUCAUUAUUAUUUCAUCUUUUUUUUCAUUUUUCUUUCUUCAUUUCUUCUUUCUUCUUCAUUCUCAAUAUUCUUUCUUCUUUUUCUUAGUUUUGUCUUUCUUUCCUCAUCUUUCUCAUUCUUCUUCUUCUCCUUCUUCUUUCUUUUUCUUUCUUCCUCUACUUCAUCUUCUUUCUUCUUUUGCAUCUUCCUCUUCUUCUUUUUCCACUUUCUUCUUUUUUCUUUCUUCUUUUUCUUUCUUCGUCUUCUUCAUUGUGCUUUUUCAUCUUCUUCAUCCUCGUUCUUUAUCAUUUUUUUUAUUUUUUCAUCUUCUUUCUUCUUCAUCUACAUGUUUCUUUAUUCAUCAUAUUCUUUCUUUUUUCUUCUUUCUUCUUUUCCCUCUUCUUCAUCUCUAUCUAUUGCUCCACCUUCUUCUUUCCUUGUCCUCUUCAUCUUCUUUUUCAUAUUCUUCUAUUUGCCGGAACACUCCAGCAGGCUGAAGAUCAACUCUCUUUAA